AGGAAAUGAGAGUAGAAUAGACGAGAAGAUGGUUGGGUAUAUAUAAUUAUAAAUAAACUUCACAUCGAGUCGCCAAGCUUUCACUUCUGAAUCAAGUCUAAAGCUUCCAUGCGAAUAAUUUUUAUUUAUUUUGUUUCGCCUACUCCCCCCAUUCCCUCAUUGGCAUUCCUUAAAUAUUUUGACAUCACACCACCAUCGUCAAGUCCACCACCACCACUAACACCAUCAUCACCUCUUUUGUUACUUAAUCUAUACCCUUUAACCUUAAUUUUGUGAUAAUAAUAUACACACUUAUUCAUUAUCUUAUUGUUUAUUAGUAUUAUCACCAUCAUCAUAAUUAUCACCAGUACACAUUUUAUUCUGUUAUCUUCUUUUACCAUAUCAAGGGUGUCAACACUCUUCCUGAUCUAAUUAUAUUUACACCUAAUAGGUAGUGUCGAAUAAGACCGAGAGGCGGGGAGAGAAAGAACAAGAAAACACAGAAAAACAUGUCUCAACAACAAUCAUCACGAACAGGUCCGCCAUACACCCCUACCACGGCAGCUGUAGGAGGUCUCCCGGCGGUCAUACCGGAUGUACCAAUUUCCGCUGUAUUCAUUGCCCUAUACAUAUCAUUUGCUGUGAUCAACAUGACCGUAUUUCAGAGUAACACUCGGAGGGGCCACAAGUUCAUCCCGUCUGUUGCUCUGUUUGGUUUUUGCAUGGCACGCAUUACCACCCUCGUCUUACGAAUAGUCUGGGCCACUCGACGGACUAACGUUCGUCUUGGUAUCGCUGCCAACAUACUUGUCAAUGCUGGCAUACUCAUUGUUUAUGUCAUCAACCUCAUCUUCGCCCAACGGAUCUUACGGGCAAAACAACCCACCCUUGGCUGGCACAAAUCCCUUCGUGUCAUAUACAGGCUCCUCUACGUUGGGAUCGCCUGUGCUCUCAUCAUGGUAAUCACAGCAUCCGUCCUAUCUACCUACACUUUGGUCCCAUACACCUUACGAGCUUGUCGAGAUGUUCAGCUGGCUUCCGGUACUUACCUACUCGUCUUCACCACUUUACCGAUUUUCAUCAUAGCUGCUGCCUAUUUGUUGCCUCGAUCUCCCAUAGAAGAGACUUUUGGGGCGGGCAGCGUAAAGGCGAAGGCUAUCAUUACUAUUCUAAUCACUUGCCUCUGUAUAACGAACGCCGGGUUCCGUUCGGGAACAGCUUGGUCACCCCCGCGAUCGGUCACCAAUCCCGCAUGGUACCAUGGAAAGGCUCCGUUCUACGUAUUCAAUUUCGUCCUUGAGAUCAUCAUACUUUGUAUCAUGACCAUAACAAGGGUAGACCAACGGUUUCAUGUUCCGGACAGAAGUAGCCAGGCAGGCCGUUACUCCGACCGCCUCGGAUCGACAACAGGCAGUGUCAGAGAUAUUACGGUUGAUAAGGAACGGAGGAGUGAGAACAUGCACAAUGUUUGAUUGGGUACUCUGAUUAGGUAUAUUAUUUGGAAUUUGGAUAGAUGUUGUUAUUUAAGCUAGGCGCGGUAUUUCUAGACGAAUGUGAUGAUACCCUCUAGAAUACAUAUUUUAUUACUAUUUAAAAA